AAGCGUCGGUAUAUAAGCUGAUGUCUGAGAUGAAGCACCCAGCAAACCCUAAAGGCUACAAGUGACAAGAGGGUCCAAAAGUUGAGAACCUCUUUACAAAAUCCGAAUGGCAGAACAAUGGAGAAAACAACCAUUUGCUGCCAGGCAGCAUGAUGAAGAUACAACGAGGGGUUCUGCAUUCAUAUACACAAACAGCAAUAAUACUAAAGAUCCUUUUGAGGGACCAAACUACCACAUCGCUCCUCGAUGGGUUUACAAUCUUGCAACUGUCUGGAUGUUUGUCGUGGUGGUUUUAUCAGUUUUCACCAACGGCCUUGUCUUGGUGGCCACGGCAAAAUUCAAGAGACUUCGUCAUCCCCUGAACUGGAUCUUGGUCAACCUUGCUAUUGCUGAUCUUGGAGAGACAGUCUUUGCCAGCACCAUCAGUGUAUGCAACCAGUUUUAUGGAUAUUUCAUUCUGGGACAUCCAAUGUGCGUCUUUGAAGGCUAUGUUGUCUCAAUUUGUGGUAUUGCUGCUCUUUGGUCCCUGACUAUCAUCUCCUGGGAAAGGUGGAUAGUUGUGUGCAAACCUUUUGGAAAUAUCAAGUUUGAUGCCAAAUGGGCCACAGCUGGAAUCAUGUUCUCCUGGGUUUGGCCUGCAGUGUGGUGUGCUCCUCCCAUCUUUGGAUGGAGCAGGUACUGGCCCCAUGGACUGAAAACCUCUUGUGGACCUGAUGUGUUCAGUGGAAGUGAAGACCCUGGAGUCCAGUCCUACAUGAUCGUCCUCAUGGUUACAUGCUGCAUCAUUCCUCUGGCUAUUAUCAUCCUGUGUUACCUGGCUGUAUAUUUGGCCAUCCAUGCUGUUGCUGUACAGCAAAAGGAUUGUGAGUCAACCCAGAAUGCUGAGAAGGAAGUGUCCAGGAUGGUUGUAGUCAUGAUCGUGGCUUUUUGUAUCUGUUGGGGACCUUACGCCUCUUUUGCCUGCUUUGCCGCAGCCAACCCCGGAUAUGCCUUCCAUCCAUUGGCUGCCUCCAUACCUGCAUAUUUAGCUAAGAGUGCCACAAUCUAUAACCCAGUUAUCUAUGUCUUCAUGAACCGACAGUUCCGCAAAUGCAUCAUGAAGCUCUUUGGCAAAGGGGUGGAUGAUGAAUCUGAAGUGUCCACAUCAAAGACAGAGGUCUCCUCUGUGGCUCCCGAAUAACUUUCAUGUUCUCCUUUUUGGAAAAAAGCUACUUUGACCUGUACAGAAACUAUUUUGAAAGCUUUAUGGUAAAAACAAGAACUGAAAAAAGUGAUGGCAUCAUGUUUGAAAGUUUUACAUGUCUUUUUUGAAAUUAACAUAAAAUAUGGGGCAUCUAUAUCUUAGCUCUGGGUAUGGAUAUUUGAUAUUCACUUAGGCCAAACUCCCAACAUCUUGGUCAUAUGAAUUUAUAACCAACUCAUAUAAAACUCAAUGGUGCUUCUCCGAUGGUUACUCUGAGGUCAAAAAAUGGUGGAUGAUCUUUGUUGAUUAUUCUUUUCUUUUUUCUUGCCAUCACAGAAUAACCUAAAUGGUAAAUUGAGGGUUUGGGAUUAAAGUCAGAAUAUUGAGAAUAAAUGUUUUGCUUAAAAAACAGAAUGCUGACGUUCUGUGUGCAAGUUUGAGCAUAAGGUUUGUCGCCCAUUUACACAAGACAUUACUUUUGCAGGUCUAAUUGACAGCAUAUUUUUGACUUCAUUGUGGAUAUACUUUUCCCACUUUUUUCUGUCCAUUUUUACUUUUUUCCUCCUAAUUUCCUCUUUACUCUUAAAACGAGUGGCAAAUAAAUUUUAAAAAACCUUGA